GCGCGCGCCCGCCAGAGAAGGGGAGGGGCGGGAGCCGCCGCUUAACGCGCGCAGGGCCGGCCGCCGUGAGCGUGGGGCGAGCGUGGGCCGCGGCGCGGCAGUGUGACUCCUUCCCGCGACCCUCCUUCGGGCCCCGGGCGAGGGCACUGUGCGGCGGCAGGAGCGGCGCCGGAGCCCGCGAGGCUGAGCAGGCGGUCGUGCCCGGGCAUGGUGGUCCGGGGCAGCGCGGAAGAAGCUCCACCAUGAGACGAGGUGGAUGGAGGAAGCGAGCUGAAAAUGAUGGCUGGGAAAAAUGGGGUGGGUAUAUGGCUGCCAAGGUCCAGAAAUUGGAGGAACAAUUUCGAUCAGAUGCUACUUUACAGAAGGAUGGAACUUCAUCUACAAUUUUUAGUGGAGUUGCUAUUUACGUUAAUGGAUAUACAGGAUUGUGAGACUCAAAUGAAAUAAUGAAAUAAUGAAGGAUAUUACUACUGUAGAACCAAAGGAGGUGUAAGCAGCCAUUUGGUUUACUUCUUUCUACCAUGUAUGUAGCACAACCAACAUUUAAUCAAGUUCUUUGGAUAUACAGAAUGAAAUGAUCCCUUCUGCUGAGGAAUUAGAAAGCUAAUGAUGUGCAUGGAGGGCAAUACCAUGUAUAUUAUUCCAGAUCCAAAACAACACAUAUUAUUGCCACAAAUCUUCCAAAUGCCAAAAUUAAAGAAUUAAAGGGGGAAAAAGUAAUUCGGCCAGAAUGGAUUGUGGAAAGUAUCAAAGCUGGAAGACUGCUCUCCUGCAUUCCCUAUCAGCUGUACAGCAAGCAGUCCAACAUGCAGAAAGGUCUCAACUUUACUCCUGCGUGCCAAAGCUGAGGAACCUGGACCAGGUCCAAGCAGUGUAGUCAAACAGCUCAACAACAGGGUAAAUCACAUAAUUAAGAAGAUUGAGACAGAAAAUGAAGUCAAAGUCAAUGGAAUGAACAGUUGGAAUGAAGAAGAUGCAAAUAAUGAUUUUAAUUUUACGGAGCUGGAGCAGAUCUUUCCAGGAAGGAAACAAAAUGGAAUUCCGCAUCACAGAGACAACGCUGCCAUUUUUAAUGGACACACUCCUAGCUCUAAUGGUGCCUUAAAGACGCAGGAUUGCUUGGUGCCCAUGGGCCACAGUAUUGCCAGCAGGCUUUCCCCAGACUUCGCCCAGGGGGAGGAGCAGGCUGAGAAGAGCAGCACUGACUUCAGAGACUGCGCUGUGCACCUGUCGCAACAAAGCACUAGAAACACAGAUGCCGUGCGGAAUCCACACAGAACUAAUUCUUUCUCCUUAUCAUCUUUGCACAGUAACACUAAAGUAAAUGGUGCUCACCACUCCGCUGUUCAGGGGCCUUCAAGCACAAAAAGCACUUCUUCAAUACCUACUCUUAGCAAGGCAGCACCUUCAGUGCCAUCCAAACCCUCAGAUUGUGGUUUUAUUUCAGACUUCUAUUCCCGCUCAAGACUGCAUCACAUAUCAAUGUGGAAGUGUGAAUUGACUGAGUUUGUCAGUGCCCUACAAAGACAAAGUAGUGGUGUCUUUCCAGGAAGGGAAAAGUUAAAAAAAAUGAAAACAGGCAGGUCUGCACUUGUUGUAACUGACACAGGAAAUAUGUCAGUAUUGAGUUCACCCAGGCAUCAGAGCUGUAUAAUGCAUGUUGAUAUGGAUUGCUUCUUUGUAUCAGUGGGUAUACGAAAUAGACCAGAUCUCAAAGGAAAACCAGUGGCUGUUACAAGUAACAGAGGCACAGGAAGGGCACCUCUACGUCCUGGUGCUAACCCCCAGUUGGAGUGGCAGUAUUACCAGAAUAAAAUCCUUAAAGGCAAAGCAGCAGAAAUACCAGAUUCAUCGUUGUGGGAGAACCAAGAUUCUGCACAAGCAAAUGGGAUUGAUUCUGUUUUAUCAAAGGCUGAAAUUGCCUCUUGUAGUUAUGAAGCCAGACAAGUUGGCAUCAGGAAUGGAAUGUUUUUUGGGCAAGCUAAACAACUUUGUCCCAGUCUUCAAGCUGUUCCAUAUGAUUUUCAUGCAUAUAAGGAAGUUGCACGAACAAUGUAUGAUACACUAGCAAGCUACACACAUAACAUUGAAGCUGUCAGUUGUGAUGAAGCACUGGUAGACAUCACGGAGAUCCUUGCAGAGACCAGACUUACUCCUGAUGAAUUUGCAAAUGCUGUCCGCAUGGAAAUCAAAGACCAGACGAAAUGUGCGGCCUCUGUUGGAAUUGGUUCUAAUAUUCUCCUUGCUAGAAUGGCAACUCGAAAAGCAAAACCAGAUGGCCAAUACCAUUUAAAACCAGAAGAAGUAGAUGAUUUUAUCAGAGGUCAGCUAGUUAGUAAUCUACCAGGAGUUGGACGUUCAAUGGAAUCCAAGUUGACCUCUUUGGGAAUUAAAACUUGUGGAGACUUGCAAUAUAUGACAAUGGCAAAACUCCAAAAAGAAUUUGGUCCCAAAACAGGUCAGAUGCUUUAUAGGUUCUGCCGUGGUUUGGAUGAUAGACCAGUUCGAACUGAAAAGGAAAGAAAAUCUAUUUCAGCUGAGAUCAACUAUGGAAUAAGGUUUACCCAGCCAAAAGAAGCGGAAGCUUUUCUUCUCAAUCUUUCAGAAGAAAUUCAGCGACGACUUGAGGCUGCCGGCAUGAAGGGUAAACGCCUGACACUCAAAGUCAUGGUGCGAAAGCCUGGGGCCCCAGUCGAAACUGCAAAAUUUGGAGGCCAUGGGAUUUGUGAUAACAUCGCCAGGACUGUAACUCUCGACCAGGCAACAGAUAGUGCAAAGAUAAUUGGAAAAGCUACACUAAACAUGUUUCAUACAAUGAAACUAAAUAUAUCAGAUAUGAGAGGGGUUGGGAUUCAAGUCAAUCAGUUGGUCCCGACCAAUCCAAACCCUUCCGCAUGCCCCAGUCGCCCGUCAGCUCAGUCAAGCCACUUUCCUGGUGGGUCACACUCUGUUCUGGAUCUCUUCCAAGUUCAGAAAGCUAAGAAAUCCACAGAAGAGGAGCACAAGGAAGUAUUUGUGGCUGCUAUGGAUCUGGAAAUAUCCUCUGCCUCUAGAAAUUGCACUUUCAUGCCAUCUUUUUCUACACACCUGACAUCAAGUGUCAAUCCUGUUACUAGCAAAGCUGAGUCUUCAGGGAAAUGGAAUGGUCUGCAUUCUCCCAUCAGUUUAAAAUCAAGACUUAACCUGAGUAUAGAGGUUCCAUCACCUUCCCAGCUCGAUCAGUCUGUUUUAGAAGCACUUCCACCCGAUCUCCGGGAACAAAUAGAGCAGGCUUGUGCUGGUCAGCAAGGAGAGCAGCAUGGCGACAAAAGGAAAGAGCCAGUAAAUGGCUGUAAUACAGGAAUUUUGCCACAACCAGUUGGGACGGUUUUGCUACAAAUACCAGAACCUCAAGAAUCUAACAGUGACGCAGGAAUUAACGUCAUAGCCCUUCCAGCAUUUUCACAGGUGGACCCUGAGGUGUUUGCUGCCCUUCCUGCUGAGCUUCAGAAGGAGCUGAAGGCAGCGUAUGAUCAAAGACAAAGGCAGGGAGAGAACGCCGCUCACCAGCAGCUGGCCACUGCAUCAGUGCCAAAGAAUCUGUUACGUCAGCUCAAACCAGCAGCAGUGAAAGAAAAGAAACGAAACAAGAAAAAAAAUCCCAUCAGUUCCCCCAAAAAGAUUCAGAGUCCUUUGAAAAACAAGUUGCUUACUAGUCCUGUGAAAACUCUGCAGGGGGCCUGCGGGAGUCCCCAGAAGUUAAUUGAUGGGUUUCUAAAACAUGAAGGUCCUGCUUCUGAGAAACCUCUGGGAGAACUCUCUGCUUCCACUUCAGGUGUGCCAGGCCUUUCCAGCUUGCAGCCUGAGCCUGCUGCCUGCAGAAGACCCCCGGCACCCAACCUAGCGGGAGCUGUUGAAUUCAGUGAUGUGAAGACUUUGCUCAAAGAAUGGAUAACUACCAUUUCAGAUCCAAUGGAAGAAGACAUUCUACAAGUUGUGAAAUACUGUACUGACCUAAUAGAGGAAAAAGAUUUGGAAAAACUGGACCUAGUUAUCAAAUACAUGAAAAGGUUGAUGCAGCAGUCGGUGGAAUCGGUUUGGAACAUGGCAUUUGACUUUAUUCUUGACAAUGUUCAGGUGGUUUUACAACAAACGUAUGGAAGCACAUUAAAAGUUACAUAAAUCUCACCAGGGAGCCUGGUGCUCUCGGCUAGCUGUGCCAUAAGUGCUUGUGAGGUAUUUGCAAAGUGCAUGAUAGUAAUGCUUGGAGUUUUUCUAAGUUUAAAUUUCUUUUUAAGCAAGUGUUUUGUAUAUUUCUUUUCAAUAAGUGCCAAAUUUGUCAGUAUUGCAUGUAAAUAAUUGUGUUCUUUAAUGUAGUAUAGAUUCUAUUUACAAAAUGUUUGUUUAUAAAGUUUUAUGGAUUUUUACAGUGAAGUGUUUACAGUUGUUUAAUAAAGAACUGUAUGUAUAUU